AUGAGCAUGUCUAGCGGAAGCUCCGAGGUGGAGUCUGUGGGGGUCAUGUCGGAACCCGCGCUUCCCCCCAUCCGCGACCUGUCCCCCCUCUCGGCUCGGCGCGCGCUGUCCACGUGUUCGUCCUCCGCCUUCCGCACUUACAUCACGGCGCGCUUCCAGGACGCGCAGUCGCUGGGGCUCAACAGAGCGCCGCCGCCCGCGGAGCAUUUGCUGCCCUCCGCCGCGAGCGACGCCAGCGGAAGCGGAGGCGGAGGCGGGAGCGCAGGCGGAACGGCGCAGCUGCUUCCCCGCCUCGUGAUGUCCCGCGCGGGUGCGCAAGAGGGGUCGCGGGAGGAUGGCGCGCGGAGGCUUUCGCUGGACGUGUACGCGUCUAGGAGACAGGCCGCAGAAGGCGCCGGUGACAGCGCCAAUCGCGGCGGCGGUGGCGGUGACGGGAAGGUAGGCGCGAUGGGGCUACGAGACGACGAGCUGUCCGCAAAGGCCGGUCGCUUCACGGGGCACAUGGCGGCGAUUCGGCGCCUGCAGGGCGUGCGGCGGGCCGACCUGGUGGCGGCGCUGCUGUCGGAUAGCAACUGGCCUGCAGGCCUCGCCAUGGACGACCGAGUGAAGCUGGAUCAAUUCGCUGCUCUCUUCCCCUCCCACUCCUACCGCAACUCCCGCUCCUCCCACCCCUCCUCCUCCUCCGCCUCCGCGUCUCUCUCCGCGUCGCUCGUCGCCGGCGUGCCCGUCUUCGCCGUCACCCCUGCCGCGCAAUGCGGCGGGAACGGCAGGUGGGACAAGUUUUCCAACGAGUCGUGUCUGCUGAGCUACUACGCCUUCCUGCAGAUGCUCUUUCUCGACGUCUUCUGGGCGUCGCUCGCCGCCAUCGCCGCCGCCGCCGCCGGGAACGACGCCGCUUUGAGCGACGCCUGGGACGGCGACACGGCUCGCGAACGGCCCGGCACUCCGCGCGACGACAGCUGGCGCAGCCCCACGGCUGCGCCUGGGACACCGAGAGCCCGCGCCACGCCGCGCUCUCCGGCCUUCCCGCCGGCGAGCCCGCGCUCCUCGCACGACCCGUUCCCGGCGUCGCCCAAGCUCUCGCCUUCCGCCGCCGCUUCCGCCGCCGGCCUCGCUCCCAGCGGCCCGGCGCUGCAGCGCUCCGCGGUGCUUGUCCCCCGCAGCAGCUGCCUGGGCAGCCUGGCGAACGCGGCGCCGGGGGAGGGCGAGCGCAACCGGCGGCAGCAGCUGGCGCGGCGCUGGGUGGCCAUGUGUCCGCCGGGGAGCGACGCGGUGGAGGAGGUGGUGGAGAUCGUGUCGCGCGUCAUCACGCGCCUGCGCGCCGAUAUCGUCCUGGAGGCUGCUGCGGCCGCCGCCAACGGCGACGCCAGCGGCGGCAGCGGCGGCGGUCCGGGCUGGCGCGGAGGCGACGACGCGCAGCGGUGGGAGGAGCGGGAGACGGAGGCGGUGCGGCAGAUUCAUAAGCUGGGAUGCGAAGACGUGGAUCGACUGCUGUGGGGCCUGGAACUGGGUCGCUCGAGCCGCGACGGCCAACGCAAAAGCCAUGACUCGCAGGAAGUGCCCAAAGAGGCUUCCAAGGUCGCUGCGCGUAUAGUGAGCGUGCUUAUAGAGGGAGCGAAUGGCGGCCGGGGUGUGCAGGCGGGCGCGGGGGGAGCGGAGGGGACGGGUGCUUCUGCCUCCGGUUCCGCCUCCGCUGCUGCUGGCGGGGGGAAGGCUGGGUGCGUGGGGGAAGGGCUGCGGGGAACCCUGCCUCCCCCGCCCGCGCGUGCGGCGGGGAGCCUUGCGCGGAACCCGUCGCAAGGGGAUCUCAAGACGUCGUCUUUCUUCGCACUCGCCAUAGGGGCGGAAAGGAUGGGAGAGAAUGUGGCGCGCUUGAGCAGCGGUCGUUUGAGAGACGAGAAGCGGGAGACGGAGCGAGAGGCGCGGAAAGAGGCGGAGCGGGAGGAGCUGCAGCGGCGGCAGCAGCAGUGGCGGAAAGGCGACGACCCCGCGGCGCUCAGCGCGGAUACAUCCAGGCGCUUCGAGAAGACGCUGUUCGGCGGUGGAGGGGAUGGCGGAGCAGGAGGAGGGGAAGGUGGAGCGGGAGGAGCGGGGAUGUCGCGCCUGCGCUCCCUUUCCCCACUGCGCUCCACCUCCCCCCAUCGUCCCCUUUCUCCCGUGUCCCCGUAUCGCGCCGCGCUUACGGCUGCGCCUAUGUCUCCCUAUCGAGCGCCAGAGGCGGCGCUUCCCCCUGCGCCAAUGACGCCGCGCUCGCCCGUGCUUGGCGGAGACUCGAGCGCGCGGACUGCGGACGGCGGAAGGUCGGGGAGAGAGCAGCGGUGGCAGGAAAUGGCACAGAAGGAGAUGAAUCAAAUCUCCCCGGGAAGGUUCCCGCCAGUAUCGCCCCGCGCCGUACCCCCGGGCUCGCCUUACCAGCAACCCUCCGCUGCCUUACAAUCGCCGCGCGCUGCGCCCAUGUCCCCUCACGCCAACCGCUUCUCCUCCCCGCAUGAGCCCGUCUCCCCGCGCGCGCCAAUGUCCCCGCUUCCGCCCAACUCCCCUUACAUGGUGACUUCCCCGCUUGCCUCCGCCCCCCCGUCCCCAUACGCGCCAAUGUCCCCUUACGCUGGCGCUGCGCGCGGAGGAGUUUCCCCCGCUUCACCCGCCACCACUACACCAGUUCCUAACCUAGCUCCGCUCAAGCUACCACCUGGAAGGUCGAUGGCGCAGCAGCAGCAGCAGCAGCCGAAUAGCCCAUUAGCGGCAGAAGCCAAGCCCAACCCUUGGGAAGCCCAGAAACCACCUGCAAUGACCAUGCCUGAACCACGCACACCCACUGCCGCUGCUGCUUCUGCUGGCGGUGCUGGUGCUGCGCCGUCCAGCCCUGUCCCACGGUACUAUAAACCCGGCGCCUCUCCCAGGUACCCAAGUGCCAGCGCCCCUCGUGAUGCGGGUGUAGGUGGCGGGUACAGGAGCCCGGCCAAUGCGCCGGCUCCUGCUCUGUCCCCAUACCAGCGCAGCGUGUCACCGGUCCCGGGGGCAGCAGCAGCAGCAGGAGGAGGAGCCGUGCCGAUGUCACCUCGGCCCAGCGACAGCAACAAGAGCAGCUCUCUCUACCGGAGCUCGCCCACCCGGCACGAGAGGUUCAAGAUGCUUUACCAGAAACAGAAGCAGCAAAGGCCUGGAAGAGGAGAGAAGGCCGCUGCCAGACCGUCUCCCAGGUACACUCCAUCCCAGCUUCCUCAACCGCCCCAGCAGCAGAUGCCUGCUCGGCAGGACACCAUUCCUCGCUGUGUAACACCCCCUGGAGAAACCCCAGCCAAGUUGAACAGCUUCCAGCCGUCUCCACUGCUCCUGCCUACUGCACCGGCCCCUCGCUCUCCAUCCCCGCAGUAUGCAUCUCCUGCCGCCCUUUCUGCUGCGCUUAAGUCGCCUCAGUCCAGGAGAUUCCAGGAGCCGUCUGUUCAGGCUCCUGCAUCUCCACUCCGCCCAGCAGCUCCAAACCUGCCAGAAUUUGAACCGCUGGAUGCACUGAGCUCCCCGCAGGACAUGCUUCUCCCGCCGCCUGUAUCACCAUUUCAAAAGGGACGCCACGCAGACGUCCGUGACGUUUCUCCUCCUCGAGGUUCCUUGCUGCCCUCAACUCCUCGCAAACACGUUGAGGAAUUUGGUAAUGGAGGAGGAGCGGGUGAAGCGAAGCAGUUGAACGCAUACUCGGCACGCAGAGCUCCUGCCUCUCCUCUGCAAGGUGCUUCUUCUGGGUGGAACAACACUGACCCCCAAUCAGGCAAAGAAUCUUUUUGGGAUGCAGCCGACAAGGGUGGGGAAGGCAGCCGGACUGCAUCGAGAGUGGAAGCUGACACACAUGCAGGCAGGUCAUCGCCACUGCGGAGCUCCCGAAGCUGGCGCCAGCUUGUUCCGACUCUUGGGAAGAUCCGAGGGGUGUCACCACGGCGAUUGGCUGAUCCUGAUGAGAUCCCGCCUGUUCAGCCAGAUGUGAAAUUCCAGCAGGUGCAGCAGUGGCUGUGGAGCCAGCCGGACAACCCUGGUGAAGACGAGGAGGAGGACCACUGGAGAGCACAGGAAAGGGCAGCUGAGACCUCUGAGGCUUCUCAAACUUCACCUGGAGAACAGCCCGAAGACUUCAUGGAAUGUGCAUGCUUAAUCUGA